GUGGGAGGUGAAAUGCCUGUUGGUGAGUGUGCGAUGUUACGAGAUCGUCCUGCGUUGCGAUUGGACUCUCGACUUGUAUGUAAAUACGAAAUACUCUCCGUCAUAGGAAAAGGUAGCUUCUCACAGGUUAUGCGGGUGCAGCAUCGGAUAUCUCGAAAGUAUUUCGCUGUAAAAUUAGUUUCUUCCGACUGUGGAUCCGUGAAUAAUGAGCUGAAUAUCCUCAGUCGAGUAUCACAUCCGUUCGUUAUACGGUUAGAAGAGGUAAUUAUUCAGCUGAUUUAG